UCCCUCCCUCCCUCGCCGGCUCACCGAGCUGCGACGGGCAUGGAGUGAGCGGUAUGUCUGCGGGCUGGAGGUUGCCCGCGGAGCCGGAGUGGGUGCGGGCCGAGCGGCGGAAGGUGCGGAAGGUGCAGGGGCAGCUGCGGAGACUAGUGCGGAAUUGCGACCAUCCCCGCCUGCGGCUCCGCAACAGCCCGCCCUACCUGCCCGAGAUCGGGGCGGCCGCCGCCGCGCACCUGGAGCGGCUGCUGGCGGGGUCCCGGCACCGGGAGCGGGAGCGGGGCCGCCGGCACCUGAACUGCUGCCUGCUCAACCUGGCCGCCAAGUGCAAGCAGACCAGCGCCCUGUUCUCUGAUGCCGGGGAGCAGAUGUUCCAGGAGGGCUCGCAGGCAAGGCGGAACCUGACCAAGCUCUCGCUGAUCCUCAGCCACAUCCUGUCAGAGCUGCGCGCGAUCUUCCCGGAGGGUCAGUACCAGGGGGACACCUACACUGUCACCAAGGCCGACGCGGCUGAGUUCUGGAGGAAGUCAUUUGGCAAUGAGAGCAUUGUGCCGUGGGCAGAUUUCCGGGACCACCUGUACCGUGUGCACCCGUUCGGGAGUGGGAUGGAGUCCAUGGCUCUGCGCUCCACCAUCGACCUCACCUGUAACGAUCACAUCUCAGUCUUCGAGUUCGACAUCUUCACCCGCCUCUUCCAGCCAUGGCCCUCCCUCCUGAGGAACUGGAAUAGCCUUGCGGUCACACACCCUGGCUACAUGGCCUUCCUCACCUACGACGAAGUCAAGUCCCGACUCCAGGGGUUCACCCACAAACCUGGCAGCUACAUUUUCCGGCUGAGCUGCACCCAGCUGGGGCAGUGGGCCAUUGGGUACGUGACAGAGGACGGCAGCAUCCUGCAGACCAUUCCCCACAACAAGCCACUGUCCCAGGCACUGACCGAGGGAGCCCACGAGGGAUUUUACCUCUACCCCGAUGGGAGGGAUUUCAAUCCGGAUCUGACGGCGCUCUGUGAGACUUCUCAACAGGAUCAUAUCCAGGUGUCACAGGAACAGUACCAGCUGUACUGCGAGAUGGGAUCCAGUUUUCAGAUGUGUAAGAUCUGUACCGAGAACAACAAGAACAUGAAGAUGGAGCCCUGUGGUCACCUCAUCUGUGACUCCUGUCUGUCCGCCUGGCUGCACUCCGAUGGCCACACCUGCCCCUUCUGUCGCUGUGAGAUCCGGGGGACACAGCCAGUGGUGGUGGAGCCUUUUGCCCCUCGAGAGCUUCGCCCCCACCACGCUGCCCCUGCCCUCGAGGCAGAUGCAGAGUCCGAGGACGAGGAGGAGGAGGACAACUUUGAGGACAUAGGGCUCCUAGUGGAUCAGCUGGCCUCUCUGCACCAGGAGGACGUGGACCACCCACUGACCCCAGCUGACCGGCCCCCUGUCCCCCCACGGACUGACCUGUUGGGAUCCCGGGGAGACGGUCGUGUCAGUCGUACUGCCUGUCCCAGGUUUGGAGUCACCCCCUCUGUCCCCCCUGUCCCAAAGCCCAGUGCCCCGAUGCUUCCUCCCGAGGCUGAGCAGCCGAUCUCGGGUCUGCUUCUGGACUGGAUGAGGAGGCGCCCACUGCCGAGCGUUCCGGAUGCUGGGGGAGGGGGGAGAGCUCCGACCCCCGUCCGACCGUCCAAUCAGAGGCGCCAGGAACCCGAGCUGACCGCCAUGGACCUGAUCCUCAGCCGGAGGGGAGCAGAGCGCCGGCCCCUGGGAGGGGAGCCCCUGCCUGACAUUGACGUGGACCCCAAGUACACAGAGCCCCAGCCCCACCUCUCCACUGCCGAUGGACACUUGGAGCUGGGUUCAGGCGCACAUCUGGGUGUGACCAGGUUGGGACCCCCCCUCCUGGACUGGUCAAGUGAAGAUGAUGAUGAAGAUGAAGAGGACAUGCUGGAACCGUCGAUGGUCUGGCCGCCCCUCCACGCCAGACCUCCCGCAUCCUCACCCCCCUUCAGAGGGUGGGUCACAGGGCAGGGCCGGACCAAGGAGCGAGCUCCAUCUCUCCCCCAGUCACCAGGACCCCCACUAGGUGACUCCACGGAGCCCACCCCCAUCGAUCCAGUGGCCCGGGCCACCCUCCUACGCGAGGGGUUCCCGAUCCUGGAGACCAACAAGGCCCUGACCAUCUCCCACAACGACCUACCGCUGGCCCGCAGCAUCCUGCAGGGAUUCCUGCCCAGCUCUGGCCCCCAGUCAUCCUGAGACGGGCUGGGGUGGGAGGGGGAUGAGAGGCUCCAGAAAACCUCCCCCCCUCCCCCCGGCCCAUGGUCGGACCUGUGGGCUGUCUGGACCAAGGGAUCAUCGAAUCAACACAUCACUGGAUGGAUGGGGCACUGGAUUAUCCCACUGGACCAGAGAGUGGAGCUCACUGGCUGAAAACACGAUCAGCAGGGUCACUGGAUCUGACAAUGACUGGAUCCCUGGAGCAAUAGAUUUCCGCAUCUCCGGAUCACUGGUUGGGGAGCAGACUCACCACUGUCCCUAGAUCAGUUCUGACCCACCUACCUUGGAACGGUCGGGAUGAAACAUAGAACAUAGAAAACCUACAGCACAAUUCAGGUCCUUCAGCCCACAAAGUUGUGUCGAACAUGUCCCUACCUUAGAAAUUACUAGGCUUACACAUAGCCCUCUAUUUUACUAAGCUCCAUGUACCUAUCCAACAGUCUCUUAAAAGACCCUAUCGUAUCCGCCUCCACCACUGUUUCCGGCAGCCCAUUCCACACACUCAUCACUCUCUGAGUAAAAAAACUUACCCCUGACAUCUCCUCUAUAUCUACUCCCCAGCACCUUAAACUGUGUCCUCUUCUGGCCACCAUUUCAGCCCUGGGGAAAAGCCUCUGACUAUCCACCUCUUAUAAUCUUAUACACCUCUAUCAGGUCACCCCUCAUCCUCCGUCGCUCCAAGGAGAAAAGGCCGAGUUCACUCAACUUGUUUUCAUAAGGCAUGCUCCCCAAUCCAGGCAAAAUCCUUGUAAAUCUCUUCUGCGCCCUUUCUGUGGCUUCCACAUCCUUCCUGUAGUGAGGUGACCAGAACUGAGCACAGUACUCCAAGUGGGGCCUGACCUGUGUCCUAUAUAGCUGCAACAUUACCUCUCGGCUCCUAAAUUCAAUUCCACUAGUGAUGAAGGACAAUACACCGUAUGCCUUCUUAACCACAGAGUCAACCUGUGCAGCUGCUUUGAGCAUCCUAUGGACUCAGACCACAAGAUCCCUCUGUUCCUCCACACUGCCAAGAGUCUUACCAUUAAUACUAUAUUUUGCCAUCAUAUUUGACCGACCAAAAUGAAUCACUUCACACUUAUCUGGGUUGAACUCCAUCUGCCAAUUCUCAGCCCAGUUUUGCAUCCUAUCUAUGUCCCGCUGUAAUCUCUGACAGCCCUCCACACUAUAUCCACAACACCCCCAACCUUUGUGUCAUCAGCAAAUUUACUAACCCACCCCUCCACUUCCUCAUCCAGGUCAUUUAUAAAAAUCAUGAAGAGUAAGGGUCCCAGAACAGAUCCCUGAGACACACUACUGGUCACUGAUCUCCAUGCAGAAUAUAACCCAUCAAUAACCACUCUUUGCCUUCUGUGGGCCAGCCAGUUCUGGAUCCACAAUGCAAUGUCCCCUUGGAUCCUAUGCCUCCUUACUUUCUCAAUAAGCCUUGCAUGGGGUACCUUAUCAAACACCUUGCUGAAAUCCAUACACACUACAUCUACUGCUCUCCCUUCAUCAAUGUGUUUAGUCACAUCCUCAAAAAAUUCAAUUAGGCUCAUAAGGCAGGACCUGCCCUUGUCAAAGCCAUGCUGACUAUUUCUAAUCAUAUUAUUACCUAUGAGUGAUGGUCCCCACUCACCCCGUCCGGUCACUUGGCUUCACUGUGACCUCCCCGACACAGGGUCACCGGACAACACAUCUUCAUCCAUUGACAUCCCCCUCCCCAUCUCUGACCCCCUCUGGCCGCUUCACCCCUCCCCAGCUCCAUGACCCCCUCCGGCCCCGACAUCCCUCCCUGUCUCUGUGCCCUCCCCCCACCCUCCGCCGACACCCCUCCCCGUCUUGAGGUACACCUCAAGUGGAUGGGGUUGGGGUUGGCUGGAGUGGGGUACAAGAAUGACCCAGGGCAAAUGUCAAGCUGCCAAGUGUUGAGCUGCCAGUAAGCUGGCCUGCCGUUCCAGGAGUAGGCAAGAGGUGGCAGUGGUAGCCUGUGUCUGAGGGCAGAGCACAAACUGGGGCUGGUGGACAUCCUCCCACAGCGCUCCCUCCUCAUCACCCCUCCUCACUGCCCCUUCCUCAUCCCCCUCCUCUGCCCCUCCCACAGCACUCCCUCCUCACUGCCCCCUCAUCCCCCCUCCUCAUCACCCCUCCCACAGCAUUCCCUCCUCAUCCCCCCUCCUCACCUCCCCUCACCAUCCCUCCCACAGCGCUCCCUCCCUCCUCAUCACCCGUCCCACAGUGGUCCCUCCUCACCCACCCUCCUCAUCACCCCUCCCUGUGCUCCCUCCUCACCCCCCUCCUCCCGCCCCUACUGCCCCGUUCCCCCCCCUCUGUCUGAUCUCACUCUCCAUGGGUUCAACCAUUAAUUGAUGUAACUUAAAGGGUCCCACACCCCUCCCCAUCUGUGACCCCCUCCGGCCCCUACACCCCUCCCCGUCCCUGUGACCCCCUCCGGCCCCUACAUCCCUCCCCAUCUGUGACCCCCUCCGGUCCCUACACCCCUCCCAGUCCCUGUGACCCCCUCCGGCCACUACACUCCCCGUCUCUGUAACCCUCUCCGGCCCCUACACCCCUCCCUUUCUCUGUGAUCCCCUCCCUCUCCUACACCAGUCCCUGUAACCUCCUCUGGCCCCUACACCCCUCCCUGUCUCUGUGACCCCCUGUGGCCCCUAUACCCCUCCCGUUCCUGUGACCCUGGAGUUGAUGGGAUUGCAGGAGAAUGGUCCACGGGGGAAUGGGAUUGCUUCUCUGGAAACCAGCAUCGAACUCCUGGGCAAAAUGUCCCUUGUGGGUGUAAGUGUACUGUACCUGUAACAUGCAGUGUCUUUUGCUUCAAUCAGGACUGUGCUCUGUAGGUGUAACGACACUUUCUGUGGAGAAUUUGCCUUUUUAAGAAAGUUUCCUCAAUGCUACACUGUCUGAAGUGAUGUAAUUCACUAUUUAUUGCAGGUUCAACAGCCUAACAUGUUACGAUCUUGAUCGAUGACAUAGAACUUUGUAAAAUAAAUACGUUUAAGACGUG